AUGGGUAUCCCCGAAAAAACUACGAACAAUUUGACCGAGCUGGCUCAGCUGCUUGAAAUGGCUGCGGAAUUGGGCAAGCAUUUAGGAAACGUUGUCAGUUCAGAUGAAAAAGUCUCCAAGAAGACGGUUUCGAUGCUGAUGAAUGGUAUCUCCGGCUUGAAACUGGAGGCAAAUGGUGCUUCCAGGGGUGACUCAAGCGACGACGAGGCAGUCACCCCAGAUGAGUCUCCAAUUCUGGCUGCAAGAGAGGUCCAAGAUCUCGUCGAUGGUCCAGAGCCUGAUUACUACGAUGCAUUUUGUCAAAAAUAUAUUGAUUUUACCUACGAAAACCCAACCACUUUCCACGUCGUUGUGGCAAUCGGCGAGCUGCUGAAGCAGAAUGGGUACACCUAUUUGCCCGAGAGGGCAGAUUGGUCCGUUGAGCUCAAAAGCCCUGGAAAUUACUACACUACCAGGUCUGGGACGUCCCUGGUUGCGUUCUCUAUUGGAGAAGACUGGGAGCCUCAAUUGGGAGCAUCCAUUAUUGGUAGUCACAUCGACGCUCUGGCCGCCAAAUUGAAGCCUAUCUCCACUAAAGACAAGGUUUCCGGGUAUGAGCUUCUUGCGGUGUCACCUUACUCCGGUGGAAUGUCGAAUGUUUGGUGGGACAGAGAUCUCGGACUUGGUGGACGGGUCGUUGUGAGAAAGUCGUCCAAGGAAACAGAUUCCGGGUACAAAACAGAGGCUGUUCUGAUCAACUCGACCCCUCAUCCUAUUGGCCGUAUCCCAACGCUGGCACCACACUUUGGAGCCCCAUCUCAAGGUCCUUUUAAUCUGGAGACCCAGACGGUCCCUGUCAUUGGGUUCGACGAUGGAGAGGCAGAGGAGCCUACCGAGGAUGAAAAAAAGUCGCACUUGUAUGGAAAGCACUCUCUGAAGCUUCUGAGAUACGUUGCCAAACUCGCUGGAGUGUCAGUUUCCGAGCUCUACUAUUUAGACCUUGAUCUCUUUGACGUCCAGAAGGGAAUCAGAGGAGGACUCAGUAACGAGUUUCUUUACGCACCAAGAAUUGACGAUCGCAUCUGCUCGUUCUCUGCGAUCAACGCUUUGCUCAAGUUCACCAACAGUCUCAAAAAAGACUCGCCCUCUAACCACCUCUCGAUCGUCGGACUCUACGAUAAUGAGGAACUGGGCUCUCUGUCCAGACAAGGAGCCAAGGGAGGAACCGUCGAGUCUGUGGUGUCCAAGAUACUGACGAGUUUCCAUCCCAAGACCAACCUCAGCACCGUAUAUGCCAACUCCAUUAUCAUCAGUGCCGACGUGACCCAUUUGUUGAACCCCAACUUUAGCAGUGUCUACUUGGAAAACCACAAGCCUCUUCCAAAUAAGGGUCUGGGUCUUGGAUUGGACUCUAACGGUCACAUGGCUACUGACUCCACUGGCGUGAGUCUGAUGGAGCAGAUUGCUGAGAUAAACGGCGAUACACUACAGUACUUCCAAAUCCGCAACGACUCCAGAUCUGGUGGAACCAUUGGACCUUCCUUAUCCAGUCAAACUGGCGCACGUACCAUUGACAUGGGUAUUCCCCAGCUUUCCAUGCACAGUAUUCGUGCUGCGUGUGGCUACAAGGACAUUGGAUUGGCUGUGAACUUCUUCUACAGCUUCUUCGCUAACUGGAGGAAGGUGUACGACAGUUUCGGGGACCUGUAA